ACGAUGAGUGGCGGUGUUAGAUUUUUUUGUGUCGCCGUGCCGCGAUCAGUCUUACCGCAUCGAUUCCACCACUGGAACUUCACCGUAUCUAACAGGAGCUGUCGGUGGCGUUCGUUAUUCGGAGAUUGCUGUUGUUAGGCUAGUCGCUUAAGAAUCUGUGAAUAUUAUUUGAUACAGUUGGUUUUUUUUUACGAAAAGUGACAAUAAAGAUUAUUUAGAAAACACCAACUGCACACCAAAAUCAAUGGACUAAUUUAUGUGUGUUAAGUCCUGACUCUUAGGUAGCCCACCCCCCAGCACCAUGAUGCACCUGAGGUUGUCCGUGUGCCGGAGCAACAUGCUGCGCCGCAAGCUGAGGAAGUUCCUCAAGGUCACCCUCGGCAUCUGUGUCGCGCUGUUCUUCCUGCUGCUCUUCCUCGCCUCCACGGAGCAGCCCUGCCCGCCCGAGGGGUGCGGCAGCUCAGGGGAGUUCAUCCACAGGUUCCCAAAGAGGGAGGUCAGGUCCAGCUCAGAGGUCAAGAGGAUUCUCCGAUGGACGGGCUUCUUCGAGGACCCCUCGUGGGAGGAGACGGACGAUUCUUAUUUUAAAUCGUGCAAGGUCAACCAGUGCACCAUGACCAACGACAAGUCUUUAUUUGACCAAAGUGACGCCGUUCUGUUCCACGCAGGCGCGCUCUGGAACUUUUGGAAAGGUGUGAGACUGCCCAGUAAGAGACACGCCUACCAGGUCUGGAUCUUACAUAACGUGGAGCCCCCACCCAGGGUGCCACUCAACUUGGUGCCGUUCGCUGGUGUCUUUAACUGGACAGCUUGGUACAGAACAGAUUCUGACGUGCCCGUGGGGUACGGGGGCUACACCAACAUGCCCAUGCCGCCCAGCCUCAGGUUCAACCAAUCAAUGAAGCCCAACUGGUCACGUGAGAACAACCGCUUCUCCGCCUGGAUGUCCAGCAACUGCUACGACUACAACAGACGACAGCUGGUCAUUAAUGAGUUAAAGGCACAACUGGGCCACGACAUGGACCUGUACGGCAAGUGUGGCGGCAAGCGGUGCCCGGAGACCGUCUGCUACGACACCAUCUCCAACUACAAGUUCUUCUUCACCUUCGAGAACUGCAACUGCCGGGACUACAUCAGCGAGAAGUUCUGGGCGGCGCUGCUCCGGCGUCAGGUGCCCGUCGUCCUAGGGGGUAGCUCGCCCCGGGACUACGCCAAAAUAGCCCCGCCCCACUCCUUCAUCCACGUGAAGGACUUCAAGGACACGGCGGCGCUGGUGGAGUACCUGUAUUAUCUGGACAAGAACGAGACGGCGUAUAACGAGUAUCUGGACUGGACGACGCAGAACGACGUGUAUAGCGAGUUGCCGGCCAGGCGGAAGUGGUGGUGUAAGCUGUGCGAGGCCUUGCAUAAUACGUCACGUCCGGCGCAAGUUUACACGGACAUUGCCGGCUGGAUGCAGGAAGACAGUUGUCCGCAGUGGUCGAUUGCCAAUCAGCUUGGGCGCUUGUUUGAUGGCUUUAGAAUCAAAAUUGGACUUUUAUAAUCCGCAUCACCAGAAAUUUUAUUGGAUUUUCAAUGUCCAGUUGUCUCAAUAAUCAGUCGGACUAUUAUCCUGGAAUACGGCAUUAAAAGUUGAAGUUGUAAACAGACAGGAUCUUUAUCAACAAUGGCAUCACUAUAAGCUGCAAGAAAUAUGGAAAAUCCAUUCAGAGGCUUUGUGCAAUUUUUUUUUUAUUUUGUGGACUUUUCCACUAUUUAAAAAAUAUAAGUUUAUAUUUUGAGAAAUUCAAUAUUUUUGUAUUUUUGUAAUUUCAGUGCCUAGUUAAUGGUAAUAUAUGUAUACUUUAUUGGUAUGUAUAAAUGAUUACUAUUGCAAAUUUUCUGUUAUUGAAAGUAGGUCACGCUAAAAAGAGGUAAAUUAAAUCACCUGUUUAUUUUAUUCCUUGAUACUGUAAACCUGCUACAUUCGGUUAAGUGGAAUGUUUUUCUGGAAGAAACCCUGGAGGGGGCAGGGAGUAAUCAAGACUUUUGUCAAUGUCUAUUUUUUUAAAAAAGUUUUGUUUUUUUAUUUUUUAUUUUUAUUUCACAUUUUCCCCUUUCAUCACCAUCCACGUUUUGCGGUAAUCUGUAGUCUAUUUGUCCACAAGAUCUAGAUCUUUCUAGCAACCAGCAAAUCGGUGAUUCGAACAUAGAGCCGGGUAUUAGACAACCUAGGGGAAGUAACCGUGCAAUUGGAACGGGCACGUCCCACUAAAUACCUAGUAGUGGCCCCUCCCGUAUAAUGUAAUGGAAGUGAAUUUUAAGUUCGCAUGUUAUAUAAACCCGAAAGGGUAGGGGUUGCUUAUUAUUUCCUAUACAGUCAAAGAGAAGGCUAGUAUAAAAUAAUAUUAUACAUUACUGACUUGGAUUUUCUUUAUCCAUGUGUAGGCCUAUGUGUUGUUGUUUUUUCAGUGUUGUGUUUUAUUUUUGUAUUUAUGCAAAAAUAGUGAGCAAUAUAUGAAAAUAAGACAAAUUUUUUUUAAAAAAUUAGACCAUUUUCGUUUGAUAUAUAGAGUAUAUAAUUUUUUUUCUUUAAACUAGGUAUAACCAGUUUGUAAACUAAACAAGCAAUGUAUUGUAAACGUAAAUCUCACUUGUAAAAUUAGCAAGAUAAUCAGACAUUUUUCGUUUCGAAAAUCAAUUAUGCCCUACUCAAAUGUUUUAAAGAUGCAAACUGAUAAUGUAUUUUACUGUACACAACUUUUUAAUUA